UGGAACAUGGCGCAGGGACAACGCAAGUUCCAGGCGCAGAAACCUAAAAGCAAGGCGGCGGCGGCGGAGCGGAGCCGUGGGCCGCGGAAAGGCGGUCGAGUCAUCGCUCCCAAGAAGGCGCGCGUUGUGCAGCAGCAAAAGUUGAAGAAGAGCCUGGAAGUAGGGAUCCGGAAGAAGAUUGAGCAUGAUGUGGUGAUGAAGGCCAGCUCCAGCCUGCCUAAGAAGCUUGCGCUGCUGAAGGGAGCAUCAAAGAAGACAGGGGCCACCCCUGGCAAGACACCAUCCUGAAGGCACUGGGACUUUGCAGGUGACCCCACAGGCUGGCUGGACUUGAGGGAAGAUCCUGCUCCAGUCCUGUUGGACCUUGGAACAGCAGGCAAUGGCAAAGCUCCAGGCUAGCUCCCCAGUGCUGAAGAGCGCUCCGCUCCCUCUGCUGCUGUGACGGGGUCUGGCUGUUGUCUCUCCAUCAGGGCAGUGCAGAGAGUGUUCGUGACUAGAUGGUAAUACUCUCUCCCUAGGUGCUGGGCCCCCACCCCAGUCAUCUAAUGUCAGCCAUCAUUGUCUGUAUCUCCAGUGAGGCACCACCUCCUCCUGUCACACCAGUAAUCAGAGCCACUUGGGGACGCUCCAGCGAUAUCCAAUAAAGCUGUGUGCACAGAG